UACAGUCAAUACACUCCCAUAAAUGCUUUGCAGCCUUCUAAUUAUUAGUGGAAUCUAAUUUGGUUUUCUUCAAAUUAAUUAAGAUUUUCUUCUUCAUCUUCUUCCAAAUUAGAUAGAGUGUGAAGUGAAGAAGGCUAACAUUUUCCUAAAUUAGGGUUUAGCUCAAACUGAAACUGAAAUUGAAACCUCAACUUUGCCAGUUUUUUGUGGUGAAUGUUCCAGGAAGCAACAUGUUGAAUGUGGUGACUGUUAGAUGUGGGCACUGUGCUAAUUUGCUGUCUGUUAAUAUGGGAGGAUUGCUCCAGUCUGUUUAUAUCCAAGAUUUUCAGAUGCAGAAACAACAAUCAAUGGGAGAGGCUGCUGUAAAAGAAAGUGUGAAUGGCUCAUCUUCAACAUAUAAUAGAUAUGGUCCAUUGCAGACUCAACAUGAAGUACAACCUAAGAUGCCUCCGAUACGCCCACCGGAGAAAAGACAACGUGUUCCAUCAGCAUACAACCGUUUUAUAAAAGAGGAGAUUCAGAGGAUAAAGGCUAGCAAUCCUGAAAUUACUCAUCGUGAAGCUUUUAGCGCAGCUGCAAAAAAUUGGCAUCUUCCUCAGAUUCAUUUUGGACUCAACAAAACAAGCUAAGAUGUUUCCAUGAAGAUUACUAAGGGUAUUUUUCACAUGUUAUAAUAUAUAUUUAUAUGUCAGUUAAUUAAUAAGUGUUUGUGAAAAUUUGCUAAAUUACAAAAAUUACAAAAAUAAGCGUGUGGUAAUGCUAGAUUAUUAAAUUCGAUGAUGGAUUUCAUGCCUAUUGCCCACUCGCUUUGUAUUUUGUGGGAUUGAUAAUACUCCAUAUAUAUGUUCACUAAAAACAAAAUUUGCGUUUGUUGUAUUCCUAUUG